AUGGUUGACCACGACACCAUCCCCGACUCUCCUUCUGUUCAACUCAACGACGACCUCUCCUUCGCUAUCAUCGAAAGCCUUCAGCAGCCGCAGCCCCUCCUUCACCACCUGAACGCAGACUCAUCAUGGCUGCUUCAAAUACCGCGACCGGCUUCGGCACGACGACACGGUGGCCGCGUCUACUAUAACAUCCUGGUUGACCCUUGGUUGGACGGGCCACAGAGCGACGUCGCGUCGUGGUUUAGCCGGCAAUGGCACGCGACACCAAGCAAGGUCAAGAGCAUACUAGAAGUGGAAGAGCUGGUGAUGAGAGUGGAGACAUUCGCGCGAAAGGCAAGAGAUAUGAAGGAAGCCUUGGAGGGUCCAUCAUUGGGAGGGAAGCGGAGGAAGUUGUCUCGAGGUCGAAGGACACUCUCGUCCAUGGCCGAAGUGGAGGACGAUGAUAUAUGGAAUGGAGGGUCCGUCAUUGAUGUGGUGGCCAUAUCGCAUGAGUUUACAGACCACUGCCACAAAGAGACCCUUUUGCAGCUCGAUCGAGAGGUGCCAGUUUUCGCGGCGACGAAUGCCUUCCAUCUCAUCAAAUCCUGGGACCAUUUCCACUUUGUAGCGGAGAUCCCGCGUUUACGGGGCCCUGCCGCGGACUACCAGGUCGGAAGCCUGCCGCCUCUCCCCGAAUGGCUUGCGAUAUGUCGCGUGGAAAAGGAAGACGAUGCACUCUACUACCACUCGGCCCUCUUAUUUGCUUUCUCCAUACCUCCAACACAUCCCGAUACAACUUCGACCAAAACGAGAACUACCUCAAUAGGAUUACACACGCCUUCCUCGGUGUCGUCUAAAGCAGAUGAUGAAGCUGUCACGCCGUUUGUCCUAUACACGCCACAUGGGAUUCAUAGCAGUGCCGUUGAGAUUCUAUCCUCCGCGUCGCCGCCUCUCAAAGCAUUGUGUCUCCUUCACGGCCUCCACGAUAUUUUUCUCCGGCCGACAAAUCAACUCAAUCUAGGCGGACAUAACGCGCUUGCAACGCAACGGAUUCUAAAGGCCGAUUAUUGGAUGCCAACGCACGACGAGGUCAAGAUAGGAGGCGGAGUGGUGGCAUGGCUACUCCGGAGGAAGAUCGUUAGCCUUGAGGAAGCGCUCAAAACCGAAGCGAAACACAACGCGGACAACGGCGAUAAUGCGGGGAACGAUCCAUUAUAUACCAGUUAUCAAGAUGUGAACAAUGGUGAGAGCAAGAUUUUAGAGUGGUAG